AUGUUAAACUUGAGUCUUCAAGGAAGAAACCAGACGGUUUCAGAUUUGAUCGGAAUGAUAAACGGAUUCCGGAAUAAGCUGAACGUGUUUAAACGUGCUUUGGAAAAGAACAACCUGACACACUUCCCUAGCUGUCUGCAAAUACCAGAAGAAUUCAACGGUGAGGAAAAUAUUGAGCUUUCAUCCUGCAUUUCACAAAUUGAACAAGUUAUUGAUGAAUUCAAUACAAGAUUUGAAGAAAUUGAAAGUCUCAAAAGCAGUGUACUACUUUAUAAUAACCCUCUUGGAGCAACCAUUGAUGAUCAACCACCCAACUUACAGCUUGAGUUAUGUGAUCUUCAAGCAGACAUGUUCCUAAUCACCAGAGAAGAAAAGGGACCUGAAUUUUUCAAAUUACUGUCAAAGGAGAAAUUCCCAAACCUGCGAGAUUUAGGACUGAAAAUGACGUCAAUGUUCGGAAGCACACAUACAUGUGAAAGUGCCUUUUCCUCCAUGAAAUACAUAAAAAACAAAAACAGAAGCAACCUUACCGAUUCUUCCUUACGUCAUCUUUUGAGACUGUCUACAACUGAACUGGAGGUGGACAUUUCUUCAUUGGUGGAUGUAGCCGAUGGACCACAGUCCUCACACUAA